AUGCAGCGGCUGGCCAUGGACCUGCGGAUGCUCUCUCGGGAGCUCUCGCUCUAUCUGGAGCACCAGGUCCGGGUCGGCUUCUUCGGUUCGGGAGUGGGCUUAUCCCUGAUCCUGGGCUUCAGCGUCGCCUAUGCCUGCUACUACCUUAGCAGCAUUGCCAAGAAACCCCAGGUAGUGACCGGAGGUGAGAGUUUCAACCGCUUUCUUCAGGACCACUGCCCGGUGGUGACCGAGACGUACUACCCCACCGUGUGGUGCUGGGAGAGCCGGGGCCAGACGCUGCUGAGACCCUUCAUCGCCUCCAAGCCCUCGGUGCAGUACAGGAAUGAGCUUAUUAAAACUCCAGACGGAGGGCAGAUCUCACUGGAUUGGUUUGAUAAUGAUAACAGUAAGAGCUACAUAGAUGCCAGCACCAGACCUACGAUCUUACUGUUGCCUGGCCUCACUGGAACGAGCAAGGAGUCGUAUAUUCUUCAUAUGAUCCAGCUCAGCGAGGAACUGGGAUACAGAUGUGUGGUUUUUAACAACAGAGGAAUGGCGGGGGAGAAUCUCUUGACACCAAGGACUUACUGCUGUGCUAACACUGAGGAUCUGGAAACAGCUAUUCACCACGUGCAUGGCCUGUACCCCUCGGCUCCUUUCCUAGCAGCAGGAGUUUCAAUGGGAGGAAUGUUGCUUUUAAAUUACCUGGGCAAAAUUGGAUCUAAAACUCCUCUGAUGGCAGCUGCAACUUUUUCAGUUGGUUGGAAUAGCUUUGCUUGCACGGAGUCACUGGAGAAGCCCCUGAAUUGGCUGCUUUUUAAUUACUAUUUGACAACCUGCCUGCAGUCUUCAGUUAAUAGGCAUCGGCAUAUGUUUGUAAAACAAAUUGAUAUGGAUCAUGUCAUGAAGGCUAAAUCUAUCAGAGAGUUUGACAAGAGGUUCACUUCAGUUAUGUUUGGAUACCGAACGAUUGAUGAUUAUUACACUGAUGCUAGUCCCAACCUGAGACUAAAGUCAGUCGGAAUUCCCGUCCUGUGUCUGAAUUCUGUGGAUGAUGUUUUCUCACCCAGUCAUGCUAUUCCAAUAGAAACUGCUAAGCAAAAUCCCAAUGUGGCUUUGGUCCUUACUUCGUAUGGAGGCCAUAUUGGUUUUCUGGAAGGAAUCUGGCCCAGGCAGUGCACUUACAUGGAUCGCGUCUUCAAGCAGUUUGUGCAAGCCAUGAUUGAACAUGGACAUGAACUUUCUAACAUGUAG